UUGAUAGCUGUCGCAAAAGAUUCAGAUGGAAAGAAUGUUGAACAACCCGUAGACAUAAUGAUCAAGGUCAUCGACCAGAAUGAUAACAAGCCUGAAUUUACCUCUUCAACAUUCUAUGGAUAUGUUGCAGAAGGGGCUACACCAGGUACCUCCUUCAUGAACAUAACAGCCACAGACAAAGACCAAAAAGAUUCUCUGAAUGGUAUAAUUAGGUACUCAAUUCUGAGUCAAGAACCGGAGUUACCCAGCAGGAAUAUGUUUACAAUUAGUUCACAAACAGGAUUAAUAACUGUGCAGAGUACUGGACUUGACAGAGAGUUGGUAAAUAAAUAUACACUUACAAUUCGAGCAGCCGAUUUGGAAGGGGCUGGCUUGUUUGCCGAAGCUACUGCAAUAAUCACCAUUACUGACACCAAUGACAAUGCUCCGCAAUUUGAGACUAAAGAGGUUACUGUAGAAGUACGUGAAAAUGAAAUCGAUUAUGAUGUGACAAGUCUCUCUGUAACUGACAAAGAUGAGCCUAACUCACCCAGCUGGAAAGCAAACUACAGCAUCGUUUUUGGAAAUGAGAGACAACAGUUUGCAAUGGAGACUGAUUUGCACAAUAAUGGAGUCCUUAAGUUAGUUAAGCGCUUGGAUUAUGAGAAGAGCAAACAGCAUCGGGUGAUCAUUGAAGUGAGGAAUCAAAUACCUUUGACCUCAACCAUGCCGCUUUCCUCUGCUACAGUCAUCAUCAAUGUACUAGAUGUUAAUGAAGCACCAAUAUUUGAUCCAGAAACUAAGGUUGACAAGAAGUCUGAGAAUCUACCAGUAGGAAGUACAGUAACCUCCUGCUCAGCAAAGGACCCUGACAAUGCUCAAGACCAAAUUGUUAGAUACCGAAUGGGAAGUGACCCAGCAAAAUGGUUUGAAAUUGAGUCAGAUACUGGUAUCAUUAAGCUAGUUAGUAAAAUGGACAGAGAGUCUCCAUAUGUUGAGAACAGCAUAUAUACUGCAACAAUACUCGCUUACGAUGAUGGGACUCCACCUGCUACUGGUACUGGAACCCUCCUUCUGGAGCUUGAAGACGUCAAUGACAAUACACCUAUUGCUACUGCUCCUUUAAACCGUGUGUGCAAUCAUAAUCCGCUUCCUGUCAAUGUAACCAUUCUGGACAAAGACAUCCCACCCAACACUUUUCCAUACAUUGUGCAGCCAGCUCAUGGAGCUGAGCAAAACUGGACAAUCAAAAACACGGAAAAUAAUGAUGUGGUAAUGUUACUACUGAAGAAAGUAGUUGAGCCUGGCAUAUAUGAAGUUCCUUUAAAAGUAACGGACAGUGGGAAGCCACAGCUGUCUCAGGUCACAGGACUGCAGGUGCAGGUUUGUGACUGUCAUGACAAUGGAGCAUGUAAAGAGAGGAUAGCUGCUGCAGCAUUCGGAAUCUCCAGCAUUUUGGCUAUUCUGGGUGCCAUCUUAGCAUUACUGCUCUUGGUGCUGCUGCUUCUGCUAUUUGUGAAAAGGAGGCGAAAUGUCAAAAAAGAGCCCCUACUGCCUGAAGAAGAUGUUCGGGACAACAUUUAUUAUUACGAUGAAGAAGGUGGUGGUGAGGAAGACCAAGAUUAUGAUCUGAGUCAACUGCACAGAGGUUUAGAUGCAAGGCCUGAAGUUGUUCGUAAUGAUGUGGCUCCAUUACUCUUGGCACCACAGUAUCGGCCACGCCCAGCAAACCCAGAUGAGAUUGGCAACUUUAUUGACGAGAAUUUGAAGACAGCGGAUAAUGAUCCUACUGCUCCUCCUUAUGACUCCCUCCUGGUGUUUGAUUAUGAAGGCGGUGGGUCAGAAGCAGAAUCUUUGAGCUCAGUGAACUCGUCCACCAACUCCGAUUUAGACCAGGAUUACGACCACUUGAACGAUUGGGGACCACGCUUCAAAAAACUAGCUGAGAUGUACGGCGGUGGGGAAGAAUGAGAAGAUGGCUUUAAUCAGCCAUUUUAGAGACUACUUUUUUAACCCUGUAAAUGCUUAAAAGAAAUGAGUGCAGCAGAUGCUAGGAAAUCAAUGUAUGGCACUAUUGGUGACAGGAUUGGGUCAAAUUGAAAUUACAUGUCGACCAAUCUUGCGUCGAUGUUUGAAAGCUGGUUACUAAAUUGUCAUUAAAAUUUAGAUAAAUAUCAAAUUUAUCUAAGCUCGCCAGCAUGGAUUAUCCCUGAAAAGCUUUAUUUCCAAUAGUCCAUAACUCAUGCAGUUGGAUUUUUCCAAAGUUAAACAAGCCAAAGGUUGUUGAGUUUGUAGUUCUAGUACACUUUCUUCCUCCUCCAGUAUAUUACAACUGAACUAAUUGCAACAUAAUUUUAUUCUUUUGAGUAAGAAACAUAAUGUGAAGAAUUUGAAAAUAAUACAUUAAAUUUAAAGUAGUGUUAUUUUAGUUAUAUAUAUUGCUUUCAGUAGAUUUAAGUAAAUACUGUGUUCAGUUGAUUUCCUUCAUUUAUUUCUAUCCCUUGUAUCAUGUGUGUACUGGUGUAAAGCAUUGUGGAAUCAAAACUAUUAUAGCUACUAGCCAAAAUGCAAUAAGUUGCCAGCACAUGCAUUCUCAGGAAAUAUUCAUUUAUGAGCUUUUAAGAAAAGCAAAACUUUUAAGAAAAGAUAUUAUUUCCCCAGUUGAUGCACUAACAUCUUGGGUUGUCAAUAAUUAAAAACAAAAGAAUAAAAUUAUUAUUUUAUAUCAAGGUUCUGAAGCAUGACUUUGUGAUUGACAGGUAGGCUUUGAGUUGCUUGACUGAAUUCACAUCAUUCAUUUAUCAAAGUAGGUAAUUUAACUACUGUAUAGUUUUACACUGAAUGUAAACAAAUGCAAUCUAUACAUGUUUGGGCAGCAAAGUUUUAUGUUGUGCUGCAUAAAUUCAUAGGGUUAAAUGCCAUUGCCUAAUAAUAAAUUUAUGCUGUAGUCUUUGUGUUGUGCACCCCGAAUUAUACAAAAAAGAAAGGAGAUGGGAUAAAUUUGCAACAAAAAUUUGGGAUGUAAAAUUUUAAGAAUCUUCCAACUGAAAGAGACGUUUCAGACAGAAAUUUGCACAAGAAUCUCUAGUGCAUCUUUGUGGUUGUGCAUUUUCCCUUUUACCCAUUUUCUUUUUUAUUUUGCCUACUCCAUUCCCACUUUAGUCUUUGAUGUACGUGAAGAAUCUUGGUAGGAAAUGCAAAGUAGGCCUGUCAAGGUUUGAAGACAUGCAUUUGUUUGUUUACAUUUCAAUAGCAAUUUGAACAUGGAUAGAUAUUAGUUCCCUUCUCUUACUACACCCCACAUGUUUGGGCCAGGUCAGUUUCAAAUUUGGGUUUGUACUUUUAAACCAACAAGGAAUUGAGAGCUUUGUGGCCAAUGCAUGUUUAACAUGUGUCAUUCUUCAUUCAUGAUUGAGCUCUCAGCAGAGUACUCCUCCUUGUGAAACAUGAAUUCUAUAAUUUUUGCUCAUUUCUAACUUUUAGUUCAAAGUAUAAUUUGUAUGAUAUGAAUUCUAAUGGAGAAAUUUAGAGUAGAGUACAGUUUUAGGAAGACUUGAAUUAAUUGUUUCUAUCUAUUCAGUUUAUCCAUUAAGGAUGGUCUAAUGGUCAAAGGAAGAUAAUUCCUGACAACCGAAGAUUGUGUCUUUUUGAUAUUCAUAGUAAUCUGUCUAAUGUACUGAGAGAAUUUUGAUAUCUGUUUUCCUAAGUGACCUUUUUUAAUUUGUUCUGCCAUUGAAUACAGUAGCAAUAUGUGGUUUUUAAAUAAAUCUUUAUAACAGUUUAAA